AUGCAUGGUGUGAAAAGGCGAGAACUCAGCCAAGAGCUUCUCCGAAAGAAAAGGGCUCGUGAUGCUGAUAAAAUCGCAACUUACAGAGCAUUAACAGCCCAAGUGCUGCAAUCGAAAAGGACCGAAUUAUAUACGCCGCAAGAAUUAAGGUCAACUACAAAACUGUUGGAGCUUAAUCCGGAGUUCAAUGCAGUGUGGAAUUUCCGCCGAGAUAUCAUAACAGCACUUAAAUCUCAGCUUGACAUGGAAUUUUGGGAUCAUGAAAUAAAGUUUACAACAGCGCAGCUCAAAGCGUAUCCCAAGGUUUACUGGAUUUGGAACCAUCGGUUUUGGUGUCUGAAGGAGUACCCAGGAUCGCCUAUGGAAAAGUGGCAGAUGGAGCUGGCUCUUGUGAACAAAUUACUGGCAAUGGAUCCUAGGAACUUCCACAGUUGGCAUUACAGACGGAUUGUGGUUGAGCAGCUGGAGAACUUAACGGGGGUGAGCUUAAAUCAGCAAGAACUAGACUACACUACCGAGAAGAUCAACGCAAAUAUUUCAAACUUCUCGGCCUGGCAUCAACGUGCAAGCCUGUUGCCACGUAUGUUUUUGACGGGCCAAAUAGCGGACAAGAAGGCUUUCAUUAAUCAUGAGCUGCAAUAUAUUACCAACGCCAUUUUCACAGACGCGGAGGAUCAGUCAGUAUGGUACUACGUUAAGUGGUUUGUGAAGAGUGACUGUGUCUUAGAGAACACGACUCAAGAAGAAUAUAAGAAUAUGUUGCGGCAGUUGAGAGAAAGCAUUAUAGUGAUAAAUGAAGAUGAGAAAGAAUUUUCCGGUAAAGAGAAUAUAUGGUGCUUGAAGCUGCUAAUAUUUUUGGGAACUAUUUUGGAGCAGGAAUUCGAAGUCGAAGCGUUUUCAGAAAAAUCCGGUUUAUUGAAGAAGUUGAUUGAAUUUGAUCCAUUGAGGCGUAGCCGUUACUUACACCUGGAAAAAGAGAAAUAA